CCAUUUCGCUUCGCCACCAUUUUUCUUUGUAUAUAUUAUUAUUAUGCAACUUCCCCCUAAACAAACACCCAUUGAGUCUUCAACAAAUAGCCCUUUUUGUGCUAGCCCUGUAAAGCGGAUUCCACGUCGAGUUCAAAAUCGGUCACCUACUUGUGCUUUUAGAGUAAUAUGGAUAAGUGCUUUGUUAGUUGGCGAAAUCUUUAUAUUCUCUUAUGCCAUGCGAAAAUGUUCCUGGCCUUAUCAUGCUCAUUGGGAUACAUCAUUGGCCAAUCCAUUUAGAAUUGCAUUGAUUGCCGACCCACAGAUAAUAGAUAGUUAUUCAUAUGGUCGUACGGGUAUACUUCAAAAAAUAUCCGAAGUGUAUCCUGACAUGUAUAUGCGAAAAAAUUGGAUAAAUUUACAAAAUAUUUUCGAUCCGGAUGCAAUAAUAUUUCUGGGUGAUCUAAUGGAUGGAGGAAGAGAAUGGGAUGAUGAUAAGUGGGAAGAUGAAUUUUUCCGUUAUCGCCAUCUAUUUUUACCAAAGAAACCAACAAGAACACCAAUUUAUUAUUUGGUAGGGAAUCAUGAUAUUGGAUUCGGUGAUAAUAUAAUUCCCAGUGCAUAUGAUCGAUUUCGAAAAAUAUUUGGUAAAACAAAUUAUAAUGUUGUGCUGGGUAAUCAUUCGAUAGUUAUUGUCGACACUGUAACAUUGAGUGGAUCAGAUGAACCUCGGAAAGAAGAAGCGAUAAGUCUAAUUGAAAAGCUUGAAAGUGAUUCUUCGAAUAAUUUUCCCCGGAUAUUGAUGACACAUGUCCCCUUAUAUCGCCCACCAAAUACCGACUGUGGGCCAUUGCGGCAAAACGGACAUUACAUUAACCAAGGCUCAGGUUACCAAUAUCAAAAUUUAAUAACUGAGUCAUUAUCAAAUUUUAUAUUGGAUCAUAUAAAACCAACACUCGUGUUUAGUGGUGAUGAUCAUGAUUAUUGUGAAAUUCGACAUGAAAGGGAACCCGAAGUUAUAGAAAUUUCGGUGAAUAGUUUUAGCUUUGCUAUGGUAAGUCGUCGUGGUGUUAAAAGACCAGGGUUUCUUCUAUUAAGCCUUUACAACCCAUAUAAUAAUAUAUCAUUAGAUAGCAUAAAAAAUCAUCAAACCACAUUCGCAUAUACACAAUGUUUACUACCAAAUCAAAUUCGAAUAUAUUUGUGGUAUGGAAUUCUGGUUAUAACAACAUUAGCUUGUAUAUUUUCACAUACAUUUGUAAGAAUUAGAAGAAGUACAGAAAUGCUACCAGUAUGGCUUAGAUAUCAACAAAAAGGUCGCUGGAUAAUAUUUAAUUCACAAUUUUGGAAGACUGUUGCAAGAGAGAUUAUAAGCGUUGCAUCAGUUGCUUUAGUAAC